UUCUGGAAAAGUGUGCAGAACAAUAUUAAAGUUUUUUGUGAAAGUUUGAGAAAUUGCGACGAAAUUUUGUUUUCGGCCGAAUUUUAUUUACAGUUGUACUAAAGCAGGGUACGCAACACCUUGAUAAUGCUGUCCCGUCUAGCAUGCAGUGGCCGAAUUCUGGCAUCGGCUUCACUGGUACAACCGGCGUUCAAACAAGUUUCACGACGACCCCAGCUGAUUCGUUAUUAUGCCCGCGACGUGAAAGGAGGUACUAACUGGACAACUCGUGCCGAGCGGCAAACACUUCGCGAACGUGCCAUGGCCCCGCCGGGCCCUAACGCAUAUUCCCUAGGUAAAGGAGCACUGGCUGGCGGAGCAGCUCUUGGAAUCGGUGCAUUAUGUUUUUAUGGGCUAGGAUUCGGCAGCGGUACCAGUGCUUUGGAACAAUCUCAUGCUUGGCCAGAGUUUGUUCGUGAACGCAUUCGUGACACGUAUCUCUACUUUGGGAGCUCGUUAGCUAUUUCAGCUGCCAGUGCCGUGGCUGUAUUUCGUAAUCCGACACUGCUCAAUUUGGUUUCGAGAAAUGGAUGGAUGUCUAUUCUAGGCACAUUUGCAGUGAUGAUCGGCUCUGGCAUGCUGGCUCAAUCAAUUCCUUACAGCCCAGGCUUCGGAAGUAAGCAAUUAGCUUGGGCGGCACAUUCAGCUAUUGUAGGAGCAGUAAUUGCUCCCAUCUGUUUUAUUGGUGGCCCAAUUCUGGUAAGAGCUGCUUGGUAUACCGCAGGCGUCGUCGGUGGGUUAUCGACGGUGGCUACCUGCGCACCGAGUGAUAAGUUUCUGUACAUGGGAGGUCCAUUGGCAAUUGGCUUGGGAGUAGUUUUUGCUUCUUCAAUGGCUUCAAUGUUCCUUCCACCUACUACUGCGCUAGGAGCUGGAAUAGCUUCACUUUCGCUAUAUGGAGGCCUUUUAUUGUUUAGUGGAUUCUUACUGUACGACACUCAGAAAAUCGUUAAGCGAGCAGAACACUACCCAAUGUACGCAUCGCGACCUUUUGACCCAAUUAACUCGGCAAUGUCUAUUUACAUGGAUACAAUGAACAUAUUUAUUAGAAUUGCUACCAUAUUGGCUGGUGGUGGGGGUAAUCGUCGAAAGUAAAGACGUCUCUUUUCUAUUAGAAUUACGAUUAGUACAAGCGCUUUGUUGGAAAUUAGUACAUGAUUCGCUAAGUUUUCAACGUUUUUUGAGAAGGCGAAACCUAAAUUAUUAAAUUACUUCAAUGAUACUAAAUGCUAUGUGAACAAUAUAUUUAAAAUAAC